AUGAAAUAUAAAACUAUAGAAACAAUAAAUUUAUAUUUUUUAGUUCAAUUGAUUUAUUUUAUUUUAAUUUUAUAUAUGACUAUGAAUAUGGAUAUAGAUUAUUACGAAGUGUUGAAUUUGAAAAAACAUUGUUCUUAUGAGGAAAUCAGACGAGCCUUUGGUAAACAAAUUACUAUGUAUUCAUUAAUAAAUCAUAAUAAUGAUUCUCGUUUGAUGAUGUUAUGUGAAGCAUAUGAAGUUUUAUCUAAUUCAUUUAGUCGCACUCUUUAUGAUCAAUAUGGAAUAGAAGGAUUAAAACGUGGGAUUCAAUCGAAAAAUUAUAACAUCAAUCCAUGGAAAUUUAAUGGGAAUGUUUUAACGACAUAUCUUAACUAUCGAGCAAAUAAGAACUAUAUUACUUUUCGGCAGACCUACCCUAACAAGUGUUUGAUACAAUUUAAUAACAGUUUAUCAAAUUACCAUAAAAAUACUGAAAAAUUACUUUUGAAAUUAACUUUAAAUGAAAUAUAUAAUGGAAUAACUAAAACAAUAUUGAUUAAACGACCACAUACGAUAGUUGAUGAUAUUUGUGUAGACGAAACAAAACAUUUAAAAAUAGAAAUACCUAGAGGCAUUUCAACUGAAGAAGAAAUAAUUAAAGAUGUUAUACACAAUGAUACUGAAUUACAUUUUAUCAAAACAACCUAUAUAGCUAAAAUUGAACAAUUACCACAUAAAAUAUUCAAAAGAGAAUAUAAUAACUUAAUUACAAUAAAAAAAGUGUCAUUUAAAGAAUCUUUGUGCGGUAUUAAAUUUAAUGUAAAAACAUUAAGUCAUAAACUUAUUAGAGUUAAUAUAACAAAAGUUAUUGCACCAGAUUAUAAAAAAACAAUUUAUGGAGAAGGCAUGCCUUAUAGAAAUAAUUUGAAUAAGUACGGGAACCUAAUUAUAAAGUUUGAUGUAACUUAUCCAAUAUUUUCAUCUAUUACAGAAAAAAAUAUCUGUGAAAUAUUAGAUUCAUAAUAAUCAUUUUGUAUUAAACAAAAAAUAUUAAAAUUCAAUGUUGAAUAAAAUAUUACUAAGGUAAAACCUGUUUUGCAUUAUUUCUUUUAAAUAAAAAUAAAUAAA